CUGCGUACAUUACGUACCUCUUCCCAGGCAGGUACAGAAGGUACUGGUAAUGUGUUGAGACUUCGUGGUGGAGGCAUGAGAGUUGAGAAUUUGAGACUGAAACUUGAGCAGCUUUGACCUUGCACACCAAAAUUCCAAAAGCCCUCAACUAUUUAGCUGUAACUUUGCAGUCAAAGCCAAGUUGUAGCUCCGUACCCCUUGAUAUCUUUGUAUCUCCCUGGGUCUCGACACUACACGAUCGCCAUGUCAUCUGAAACCCUGCCUAUAUCACCAGCCCGCUUUGCAGAGGCCAUCAAAGAACUCUCGUUGGCAGGUCUUCACCUCAAAGUCCUAGAAAUUCGCAACUCUAUCGCGCAUCUGGACUACUCCAACGAGCAGCUCAGGCCAUUCGCAGAAGGAAAGGAGCCAGUGCAUGGAGGAGAUGGCACAGCACAGCCGGACCAGGACUGUAUCGACGCCAUCAAGGAAAACGAGGGUGUCAUUGAGCGCAUGCAGGAGCGUAUCCGGCUUGUGCGCGUCGAGGUUGAAGAGAACCGGGGUUGCAGCUGGACUGAAUUCGAAAGCGCGGAAGAGAGGGGCCAGAGGGGCGGGCAAACCACGGAGAGCGCUGCGCCUGGCAGCAAUGCCGAACUUGCAACGAACAACACCACCACAUCGACAGUCAACGGCCAAGGUACCACUGAUGAUCGGUUCAGUGGACUCUCGGAGGCUUGGAGGGAUGGAACAAUCCAAAUGGGCACGAUUAGAAACGGACAAAUCCACAUGGACACACUACCAGCUUCAGCAAGCUCGGGAGGUGGCAGGCUAACGGAUGAGCAGCUACGUCAAGCAUUGGAGGAAAGGAUGCGAGAGGCUGAGGGGGAUGAGCAGAACGAUGUUAAUGGCGGAUUGCAUCUUUGAGCUGGGUUCCGUGUAUUAUGUGAGGAAAAAAUAUCUUAUUUUGAUACCCUCCACAGAACCAAUAGCCUGAUAAUUAAAAUAACAUGGACGGUCUCAUAAUCUAGCGGUCUCGAAUAUUACAUUUCAGCAAUGAGAGACGGUAGGUUAUAAUGUUUGAAGG